GUUUAUGAUUUUUUUUUUUCAUUUGAUUUGUGUAGUGGUUGAAGAAGACAAGGAGGAAAGCUCUAUUUGCUUCACUAGAGAAGAUUAAAGAAGAGUUGAUGCUGCUUGGGCUUAUAUCUUUGUUGUUGGCACAAUGGGCACGAUGGAUAUCUAAGAUUUGUGUCAAUUCAUCUCUUUUCAACAGUAAAUUUUAUAUCUGUUCUGAAAAUGGUAGCGGCAUCAAAGAGCAUGUCUUGUUAAGAAGUUCCUUCUUUUUUCAAAAUGAAUCGAGUAUUCCCCCCAAAGGAAUUAUCAGUCAUACAUCUCAUCAAUGUGAUGGGGGUCACGAACCGUUUGUUUCACUCGAGGGCCUGGAGCAGCUUCACAGAUUUUUGUUUGUUCUUGGUAUCACUCAUGUUCUUUACAGCUGCUUGGCAGUUGGUUUGGCCAUGAGCAAGAUUUAUAGUUGGAGGAAAUGGGAAUAUCAAGCAAUUCCAGCUGCAGAUGCAGGUUUGCAAGAAAAGAAAUUCAAGGUGAUGCAGCGACAAAGCACCUUUGUUUUCCAUCACGCGUCGCAUCCAUGGAGCAGAAGUCCGGUUCUACUCUGGAUGGUAAAUUUUCCUGCUUUUAUAUGGCAAGUAUUUGCUUCCUUAUCUAUUGUUGUGCUUUCUUCUCAGAAGCAAGGUUUUGUACAUGCUUACCACAUUUGUGAAUGAUAGUAUCCGGGCACUCUAAGCUAAAGAUGAUUUUUGUGGUGUAAUGACGUAGCUUUGCUUUCUGCAACAAUUUAAGAGCUUUAUACAGAAGUCGGAUUACUUGGCUCUACGUCUGGGUUUCAUCACUGUGGGUAUCUAAUUGUUGCUAAUGCCUCAUUAUAUGAUGCUUUUCUAGUUGUUCUCUUUGCUUAU